AUGUUCAAAAAGUUUUCCUUGGAAGAUUUCCACGGGAGCACGCAGAUCAAAUCCUCCGUCCAACGCGCGAUUCGAUCGAAAAUCGCCGAACAGUUUCCCUCCUUGUGUUCCAAUCGCUCGGUCAAGGAUGAAGACGAGGACGACGAAAAACGCCGCCAAAAACGCCGGGAUUCCUCGGAUUCAGAUUCAACCUCGUCGUCGUCGGAUGAGGAGGAGGAAAACGAGGAAGGGCCGACGCCGUUAGAUUUGUUGUUGCCGAAAAAGAACGCGGAAAUCCGAGUCGGGAAGUUGGAGAACAAAGUGACUGUCGUUUUAGUGGGAAACGAACCUUUAUUCUUCCAAACCGUGAAAGACGGUCCGUAUUACCCAACCUUAAAAGUCCUCCACCGAUUCCCACGAAUGAUGAAACGACUACGAACAGACAAAGGGGCGAUUAAAUUCGUGUUUAAAGGAUCAAACAUCAUGUGCCCAGGGUUAACGAGCGCGGGCGCGACCAUGCACGACGAGGUGGAGGAAGACGAACCGGUAGCGAUAUACGCGGAAGGGAAAGAGCACGCGUUAGCGGUCGGGACGUGCGUUAUGAGCGCGGAAGCUAUGCGAAGAGAAAAUAAAGGCAUUGGGGUGGAGUUGUGCCACCAUUUAGGCGAUGGGUUGUGGGAGUAUCUGUCCAAGGUGCACGAGUAG